GCGGGGGGUGGAGAGUGGGGACGGUCGGAGGCAUCCCUUGCCCAUGAGGGCCUGAUGGAAAACACAAAGGAUCUGACUGAACAUCCUUCACGGUCAGAAAGGAAGAGACGUGAUUCAUUCGGGAUGUUCGAUGGCUAUGAUAGCUGCAGUGAGGAUACAAGUAGUAGUUCCAGUUCUGAUGAAAGUGAAGAGGAGGUUGCUCCCUUACCUUCCAAUCUCCCAAUAAUCAAGAACAAUGGGCAGGUCUAUACUUACCCAGAUGGCAAAUCUGGCAUGGCCACCUGUGAAAUGUGUGGGAUGGUUGGUGUCAGAGAUGCCUUUUACUCUAAGACCAAGCGUUUCUGCAGUGUUUCCUGCUCAAGAAGCUACUCAUCGAACUCUAAGAAGGCCAGCAUUCUGGCCAGACUUCAGGUAACGGGAAAACCUCCGACUAAGAAGGCUAAAGUGUUACAAAAACAACCUUUAGUUGCUAAAUUAGCUGCGUAUGCUCAAUACCAAGCAACGGUACAGAACCAAUCAAAGACUAAAACAGCAUCUGUUCCAGUGGAAGGUUUCAAUUGGGGCAACUAUAUCAAUAGCAAUAGUUUCACAGCAGCACCUGUGAAUUGUUUUAAACAUGCACCUAUGGGGACAUGCUGGGGUGAUAUCUCAGAAGGUGUACGUGUAGAAGUCCCUAACACAGAUUGCAGCCUACCUACCAAAGUCUUCUGGAUUGCUGGGAUUUUGAAAUUAGCAGGUUACAAUGCUUUAUUAAGAUAUGAAGGCUUUGAAGGUGAUUCAAGUCUUGACUUCUGGUGUAACAUCUGUGGUCCUGAUAUCCAUCCAGUUGGUUGGUGUGCAACCAGUGGGAAACCUCUAGUUCCACCGCGAUCCAUUCAACACAAAUAUACAAAUUGGAAAGCUUUUCUGGUGAAAAGACUCACUGGUGCCAAAACUCUUCCUCCUGACUUCUCUCAGAAGGUGUCUGAAAGCAUGCAGUAUCCUUUCAAGCCUUCUAUGAGAGUAGAAGUUGUUGAUAAAACACACCUCUGCCGAACACGGGUAGCAAUUGUUGACAGUGUAAUUGGAGGCAGGUUAAGAUUAGUAUAUGAAGAAAGUGAGGACAAAACAGAUGACUUCUGGUGCCAUAUGUACAGCCCACUCAUUCAUCCCAUUGGUUGGUCUCGGAGUAUAGGACAUCGAUUCAAAAGAUCUGAUAUCACGAAGAAGCAAGAUGGUCACUUUGAUGCACCCUCACAUUUAUUUGCUAAGGUAAAAGAAGCUGAGUCCAGUGGAGAAUGGUUCAAAGAGGGGAUGAAAUUGGAAGCCAUAGAUCCCUUAAACCUUUCUGCUAUAUGUGUGGCAACAAUUAGAAAGGUAUUAGCAGAUGGAUAUCUUAUGAUUGGAAUUGAUGGAUCUGAGGCAGCUGAUGGGUCUGACUGGUUUUGUUACCAUGCAACCUCCCCUUCUAUAUUCCCUGUUGGUUUCUGUGAAAUUAACAUGAUAGAACUAACUCCACCCCGAGGUUAUGCAAAACUACCUUUCAAAUGGUUUGACUACCUCAGGGAAACAGGUUCAGUAGCAGCCCCUGUCAAGUUCUUUAACAAGGAAGUUCCAAACCAUGGGUUUCACGUUGCAAUGAAACUGGAAGCUGUGGAUCUCAUGGAACCUCGUUUAGUAUGUGUGGCCACAGUAACUCGCAUAAUCCAUCGUCUGUUGAGGAUACAUUUUGAUGGCUGGGAGGAUGAAUAUGAUCAGUGGGUAGACUGUGAAUCUCCUGACCUCUAUCCUGUAGGGUGGUGUCAGCUAACAGGUUACCAGCUACAGCCUCCUGCAUCACAAUCUUCAAGAGAUAGCCAGUCAAGUUCAUCAAAGCAGAAGAAAAAGUCUAAAUCACAGCAGUACAAAGGACACAAGAAAAUAUCUUCACUGCAGCUGAAGGAGGAAUUGCUAGAUGGAGAGGAAUACAGCUUUCUUCAAGGAGCAUCUGAUCAGGAAAGCAAUGGGUCAGCCAGCCAGUACAUCAAGCAAGAACCCUAAGGGCAAAUCUGAGCAGGAUGGUACAAAACGAACUUUUCCUUAAGACUGAUGUUCCCAUUCUGAUGUUACCGUUUGAUGGCUUCUACUAAGGGCACUUUGCUAACUGCGGUUAAGAUUUCAAUUCAGAAUUUUUGGAGGACAAGGAAACUAUUUUAGUGGGGGGAAAAAGAAUUUUCAAUUUAUUAAAAAUUGACAUGUUUGUGUUGUAUUUGAAGCUUUUGAAAGAAUUUUUGUAAUAUUUUCAAGUUCAGAUUGUUAAAAAAAAGAUACUCUAAUUUUUUGGUAAGAAUUAAAAGCUUAAUUAUAGCAGGAUUGCAGGAAACCCUUUGAGGAAGAUGAGAUGGUAGAAUAGUUGAAAACACAAAUGAACUGUUUGUGAUGAGUGAACCUUCUGGUACAAGCUGGGAGCUUCUGAACUAUAAAGCUACACUAGUCAUGCCCUGUCUUUUCCUCAGUGACAUCAUGAGACAUGGUGAUGAAACAUAAGAAAAUAAGUUGAGAGGAUGGAGUAUUAAAAUGAUUUCUCCUGGCACAGUGACAUACUGACAAAUCUGCUUAAGCUUUUGGAGAAUUAAGCUUUUGUCCUGUCUUCAUUGAGGUUAUUGGGGCUGUUACUUGUUCAUAUUUUGAAGUACUGAGAUAUUCACACAAAUGAUCAGCAAAGCUUCCAUAUGUGUCAACUGGGAGUUUAUGGAACAUUUUGUUUUUUCUUGUGCAAGGAACUGAAAGGUCUUUUUCUAGUGAAACAGCAACAGAUUUGAUUUCCAUCCUGGUGGAAGACAAGCCCCUGAAAAGAGGCAGCAGCCUGCUCCUGAACACAGCAUUAUUCUUCCCUGCACAUUUGGAAGAACUUCUUGAUUGUUACAAAUUGAGCUGGUUUGCCCGAAGAUGCUUUGGAGCCUGCUUUGAACAUAAGUAUUUUCUUGGCUGCUGAUACCUUUCUCAAGAAUUUGUCAUGACUAGUGUGGCAUGAAUGCUGAAUUUCUUGGAAACUUUUCCUGGAUAGUUAAAUCUGUAUGGAUGUUAACAGAUGGCGUCAUUCACAGAACUUCAAAUGUUGACAUUUCCAUUCUGGUGUCAUGACGGGAUGAUAUAUGUCAAAGAGUUUUGCUUUUACCAGUAAGGUUCAUUUACUAAACUCUCAGGAAUUAACUGCUUAUAUUCUGUAAUUGCUUCUGGGUCAUAGCAAGUUGACUUUAGAGCAGUCUGUCUGAUUUUUGUUUCAAGGGUAGGGUUUAGAAAAAAAUAAUUCUAUAGAUUAACCUCUACACCCUUUAAAUCUAAUGCUUUAUGACUAGCAACUCUCCAAGCCCCAGAGACAAUUUUUGGCAUAUAAAUGUUUUAAAUUUUUAAACGCAUAGAAAGUUGAAAACCAGCAAUUUUGAUUAUUUUCUUAUCUUUGUUAUUGGGUACAUACCAUUUGUGAUAUGCAAAGGUUUACCACAUUCUAUGCAAGAGGGGAUAAUGGUGUAAAAUUUUGUAGUAACUUCUGGAAGUACAUUUUUUUCCUGUAUAGUAUAGGACUGUAUGAGAAGAAUUCCUAGUCUUUUUUUUUUCUUUUUUCACAUAGCUGGGCCAUUGUUGAAAACUGCUUCAUGUAUACAUUUAAAAAACUGAGUAUCGGGUGUCAAAUAUUUGUGAAUAUAGGUGGAAAUUGCAUAUUGUUAUGUCUCUAAAAAGAUUAUGUUCAUAAUCCUUAGAAGUACAAGGGGAGAUCUGGGUUUAGCUGAUCUGCCUUCUUUCUUUUUUCCUCUAGGAGUAUAAUGCCCUCCCUCUUUCACAAGUGCUCCAUUACAGCUGUUUUUGAAACUUCCCUGGUUUACAAAGCAGUUCAUGAUGCUACAAAAAAAGAGCUGCUCUUGGGGGAGGGGAGCAAAAAGCUGUAUCAUGUUUGUGUGUAUCCAGGUGUGCGCACACAUACACACACAUGCAUGCACACAUAAGGAUUCCCUGAAUCACAGUACUUUUGAAAUCAUAAUUCAGGCAUCAAUUCCUUCUUUUCUAAGUUUUAUUUUAGUACAGUAUUUCUUAGGCCGGUGCCUCCCAAAAUGUAAAUGAUCCACGUCAUCAGACCAUUUAUCUUUAGGAUAGAAACCCUAAAAGGCAAAAUGAGAUUCCAGAAGGAAUUGUAACCAAAACCUGAGUGAUCCAUAAUUUUUUCCAUUUCAAAUCAUAAUUCUGUCAGCUGUGCCCACCUAUAAUACUGCAGAACUGUCAGGAUGAAUGCUGUGGUUUGUAAAGGCCACCAUGUGAUAUCUGCAUUGUCAGAGACUCUGAGGACUUGCAGAAUAGGAUUUAUACACAAAGUUCUUCUGAUUUUGGUCAGAAAGAUAAUAUUACGCAGUGUAAGAAAGAAAUCCUGAAUAAGGUCCAUACUAGUGACCUUUGCCUUGAGGCCAGCAUAAAAGCUUGGAUUUGUGUAGAAAUUGAUUCCUGUUUCAAUUCAUCCAAAUGAGCUUGAACCAAAAGAACACACUUUUAGGCACAGUUACUCUUAAUUCCUAAUGGACGCAUUGUGUAUAUUUUACAUCUGUAGGAUUGGCAGAAAAUCAGGAGGUGCAGCAGUGUUCCCCAUCACUGUGCAUGUUAUGAUUGGAGAACUUCACUAAUUUCUGUCAGUCUUAGGCUUUUGUCCAGAUCAACAAUGAUGCCCUCUUCUACCUCUGAAUAUGGCAGCUCCUGGAAAAACCCAUGGCCACAUUUAAUCCCUACCAUAUCAGCUGAGAACCUGAACCUGAACCAGCAAUUCUGCUAGAUGUUAAAAGACCUGUAAUUAUGUUUGGGAGGGAACGGUCUUGAUUACUGCUAUAGUGCAGGUCCUCUGAUUUUUGAAGAUAAUUUACAUAUUUAUGUAAAGUAGGUACUGCUGUUCUUUCAGGAUUUUAAUGCUCCCUUUGAGUUGGAUUCUACAUCCUGAUACAUGUACCUGAUUAAACAAAAAAUUAAAUAUGAAAACUUUUUUUUCUAAUCUUGAAAUUGAUUCUACUUUUGCCAUGAAACUCUUGAGGGAGACCCUUUUCCAGAUUAGUCUCAUUUGUCUGUUUUUAAUUCAGUGUUCAUUCUGAGUAACAGUUGUGGCCUCUUAAUACAGCAGAUAACCGUAAGCUUUUAGUACCGCUGGGUGUGCAUUGCAUGUUUUUUAUGGUUUAGUGCUAAGAACACUCUCUAUUUUACUGUGAACUAAUUAACACCAACAAAUUGGGAAGGAAUCGGGUCAGAGGGGGUGAGCAGAUAGGGGUUGAGACUUGUACUUCUGCUGUGGGUCGGCUAAUAUUACAGUAUUUGGCACAAGGCAGGGUCUUUUUAAAUAGGAAGGCACCACAGGCAAGGUAAAUUACGUUGCAAGGGCUCCUUUGUACAGCUCAGAAUUUUACAUCUUUUUCAUAUUUUAAAUUUCCUUGCUGAAUCAGAGGAAAACAAAAGCAGUUAUCGACUUCUUGUUCUAUUGAUACUAACACGGGUUUCAGUGUUUGUUUGUUUUUAUUGUUGUCAUUUUUAUGUGAUGUGAACACCUACUCCCAUCAAUAUUUGUAUUAUGGUGCUAAUAUAUUGGUUACAAUCCUUUAUUGGAAAGGGAUUAAAACUGUGAUUAAAUUGAUUUUUUUUCUUUUUAAUUUUCAUAUUUAAGUGAAAUCUCAGCCAUUUAUAUAAAAAAGGAAAAAAAGCAUGAGCUUCUGCCUCUGGGAAAAUGAUCAGGGCAGAGGUUAAAAAAAGGUUUUUACAUCAUUUCUGUAUGUAUUUGAUAUAUAGAUCACUAUCUGUAUAAAUUUAAUCUUUUAUUUUCUUGGUUAUUUGUGUGGUCAAAUGGGAACAUUUAAAAACCUCUAAUGUACAUAACUCUGAAAAUUGCUUUUGAAGAAAUUAAUGUUACUUUCAUUUUUAACAGACUGCAGAUUUUCAAGCAUGGAUGUGAAAAAGCAUUAAGAAUAUAACUUUGUGUACAAGAUGAAAAUAAUUCACUAAAUUUGCCUUUUUUACACAAAAUAAAAAUGUUAAAAGAAGACCAGGUGGUGAAUUUUGUCCCGAUAGUUCAAGAAUAUAUUUAAAAAUAUUAUUGAUAUAAAGAAGUCUCUCCUUUUCAAGCUUUUCAAGAUAGUCCAGCAUUAAUAAUUCAAGCUUAUUAGACAAUUUCUAAUGGUAACUCUUUGAUCGUUGGAAAGAAGUGUCUAAUUAACAGAAUUCAAGAGAUUAUUUCUGCUUCAAGGAGUGAAGUAUAAUUUUAUCAGUGACGGGCCCGAUACUGUUCCUCUCAUCCCAUAUCUGAAUGUAUCUUCAUUGUUAGCCAUAAUCUGCCUGAUCAAUAUUUCAAACAUAAAUUUCUGAUUUGAUCCUUUUCUCUAGCAUAUGUAACCAGUAGGUGUCAUUUUGCAUCAGUUUUGCUGUUAGUCAAAAGAUUCAUGGAAAGACAGUGUGAAGUUUUUCAACUAUAGGUCUCCUUUAAUGGAGUUCCUGGGCUAGGAAAGCAAAUAUCUUGGUGCAGAAAGACUGUUAUUAUUGCAAGUAAGAGUGAAACAGUCUGCUUAGGGAUCCCUAAAUAAAAGCAUUUGAAAGCAUGUCUCAAAUAAGAUCUGGAAAAUAGUUUAUGGGACAUGUAUGUUAUGGUUGUAGUUUAAGAAUUCAUUACUUGAGGUUUUCAUCAUAAAACAUCCACAAAUCAAGUACGGUAGUCUCCUUGUUCGCUUAGUUUUUGGAAUUACAGUCCUUAUUCUCCUCCAGUCCUGGAUAUGAUUAGGAACGCUCAAUUGAUUAAAAAAAAAAAUUCUUCAGAAUGGACUUUUUGUUAAAUUUAUUCUAUUUGGAUCAAUGCAGUUGAAAUCUUUAAUACUUUAAAGGGUAACAGACAUCAAGUGGCACUGCAUCCUCUUCUUAAAAAUUACACCAGGUUUAGAGGAGCAAAACUAAGAUCUAAGAUGGCAUUGCAUUAUUUAUUUAAUUAAUUAGUAGGCCACCCAUCUCCCCCAGCGGGUGUAGCAGAAAUACACAAAAAGAACAAGCUAGUUUUCACUUUCCUGGAUAGCCUGUAACACAGGCCCACACAACAGGGGAAAGGACCACAUUGAUAAAAAAAAAAAAUUGCAGCUAGAAAGGAAUACCUGGCCUGCUGAUCAGCUGUUCAGCGGCUAGUGGAGCAGCAGUAGCAGAGAGGUGGCAGGAAGGCUUGAAGGGGCUUGGCAGCGUCUUUUUUGGGGCAGUGAGUUACUUUAAAAUAUGCUGGCAGGCCACACAAGGCUCCUUGGCGAGCCAUGCAAUGCAGCCCUGCUGUGAAGAAUGGGAAUCACUCCUAUGUGUGGCUCAGCUGUCUGAUAAUCCAGGUUUUCUGAAACAAAAUUCUCUCAUAUAUACUGAAAAAUACUGGGCAUCAUAAUUCUGUGGUAGUGAAGUCUGCUCUUUAUAUUUAAGGUCAGGGAUAUGGAACUAUUUAAAAAGACAUUUCUAUUGAUAACUGCUACUCAUUCAUCAUGUACUUUCAUGCUACAAAAAGCCAUCGAGAGAGAAAAGCAGCUUUAGGAUGACCACUGCUAGCUGUGGACAAUCUUCUACAAAUGGGUUUUGACUAUGCAGUUGAUACAAUAUUUAUCAAAUGUAUAUAGCCGCACAUCUUACAAAAAGUAAUAUGCUCUGUAGAAGCUCAGUGUGGAUUAAUUAUAAAUUAACAUUAGGGAAUUACAGAACUUGGAGAUUUUGCAAAAGGUAAGACUCCCUCGAGUGGAGCUGGACUGUGUCUGUGUACUCUUCUCAGGAACAACAUGGAAUUGGUUUGCCACUGCUUUCUUCCAGGAUGAAUUUUCAAUUUCUCAAUCUACUUUACAAUCCUGGGAUUCGCUGGUGGUCUCCUAUUCAAGUACUAACCAGGAAUGAGCCUACUUAGUUAGGUGCUGUUGCAAGAUCCUUGCUCAUAAAAUACAACACAUUUUGAAUUCAAAAUGUUCUGAAUUUGAAAUGAAAUGUUCUGAUCUCAUUGAAAGUACUUCAAAUACUUUCAAGUGUGCUUGUUAUAGCCAAAACAGCUUGUCCUGAA